AUGAUUGAAUUGACAUUAAAAGUUUUAAUAUUGGCAAUAUCUUUGUCGACCUUGACACUUGGCGCCAAAACUGAUUUCGAUCAGGAAGAAGAAAAAGCUGCCAAUUUUUUAGAGUUAAUAGAACAGCCCAAUAUAGAUUGGUAUAAUCGUAUAGGACUAGCCAAUUGGGAUUAUAACACUAAUAUAACGAAAGAAAAUGCAGAGAAAAAGAAAAAAGUAAAUGCAGAAUAUGCUUUAUAUAGAAAGCUCCAACUUGCAGAAGCUUCAAAAUUCAAUUGGAGGCAAUUUAAAGAUGAAGAUCUUAAAAGACAGUUCAAGCUUCAUCUUAAAUUAGGAGAUAGUAUUUUAAAUGAACAUAAAUAUCGUCGACUGCAAGAUAUUCAAAAUGAAAUGAAAACAAAUUAUGCAACUGCAAAGAUAUGCGAUUAUAAGAAUAGAAAAAAGUGCGAUUUGGAAUUGGAUUCAGAUGUGAACGAAAUCUUUGCAAAAAGUAGAAAUGCAAAAGAAUUACAGUACGUUUGGGAACAAUGGAGAAACGUGGCCGGAGCUCCAAUUCGAAAAUUAUAUUCAGAGUAUGUUGAAUUGAAAAACGAAGCAGCUCGACUUAAUAAUUACACCGACGUUGCCGAAAUGUGGCUAUCAGAAUACGACACUAAGGAUUUCGAAGAUGAGCUUUCCAGUAUAUUAAGGGAAUUGAAACCUUUAUACAACCAACUUCACGCUUAUGUUCGAUAUAAGUUAAGAAGACAUUAUUCUGUAGAAGUGGUAUCAGAACGAGGCCCAAUUCCGGCUCAUUUGCUAGGCAACAAUUGGGCGCAAAAAUGGUCUCAAAUUGAAGAUAUUGUUAAACCGUAUCCGGACGCAAAUGGGGCAGAUAUAACACCGAAAUUAUUAGCACAAAACUAUACACCACGAAAAUUGUUUGAAUUGGCAAAUGACUUCUUUAAGUCAAUAAACUUGACGGGUGUGCCGGAUUCCUUCUGGGAGAAAUCUAUGUUGAAAAAACCAAAUGAUGGGCGCAAAGUUGUUUGUCAUGCAAGUGCCAUGGAUUUAGCAAAAGACUCGGAUGUUAGGAUAAAGAUGUGCACUCAAAUCAAUGCAAAAAAUUAUCAAACCGUCCAUCACGAAAUGGGUCAUAUUCAAUAUUAUCUCCAAUACAAUCAUUUACCUUUAAUUUACAGACGAGGAGCGAAUCCAGGUUACAAUUUCUUGUUAUAUGGUCUAAAUAUACUGAAUCACAGAAUUCAAUAUGCAUUAAUUUAG